AUGUCCAUCAAUACGGGCGUCCAUCUCCGGGACCUGGUCCCAGAGCCGGCAACAACCCACCCCGACGCCGACCAACACCAAGCAUCGAGUGAACGAGAGCUUCCCAGCGAUUCGCACGCCCUGGCCGUCUCCGACCCUGGUAAAGACAAGGGCGCCGCACAGAUCGACCACGACCAGCAGCAGCUUCUCGACUUGGGCUGGCAGGGGGACCCCAAGGAGAUACCGGAACAUCUGAUUGCUGGGAUUGACAAUGAGGAUCUGUGGACGUUUGUGCGGAGGUUUGACAAGCAAGUCUUCUUUCUCAAGGAAACGUCUGAUGUUCCGGUUGGUGGACUGGAUCUUUACCUGGCCGAUGGGGCCGAGUUCUCUGCCAACAAGCUCCGCAGUCAAUUCGAGCGGCUAUACAUGGGCUUGAUUCUGGGGCUCGUUGCCUCAAUGAAACAUAUCGCCCGGCUAAGAUCGUGGCGGGAGCCCAGAAGAACAGGAACGUUUUGCAUCUCCGGCACCGAUGGAAUUAACCAGGCUUAUCUCACUGCAUGGGCUCUCGACAUGCUCUUCCCACUCCUUUUCGCCUCACUCAUCACCCUCAUCGUCUCCCAGCGCGCCCGAAACUUAGCCUUUCCACCUGCCCCCGUCUCCCUCGUCGAUAGGCACACGGGAGGGCCCACAAAGCCCGAGGCCGGCGUACUUGGAUCCACCGACUCUGCGACCGGUGCUCCUGAGCAUCAAAAAGGCGAAACCAUCGAGAACGAGGCCAGCAACUUUGUGACUGGCGUCGCGGGCAUCGCCGUCAAUACGCUUACCGCCCAGGACCCCAAAAGUCAGCCCGAGAACGAGGAGGGCGAGAAGCACCUGACUGAUGACUUGCCGGACCCAGACGAGGCGGCUACUGCCAUCGCUUCGGCAAAGGACAAGGCGACUGGCGUGCCGGAGCCGUCGCAAGACAAGACAAAAGAGCCGAUGGAGACGCUCAUGUGGUCUAAAAUGAGGCCGCUGCUCCACAUGUUGACAUUGACGUCGGAUACGUAUGAGCGAUUCGCAAACGCAUUGUCUCCGACACCCCCUUUUCAUCCGUACCUGCACCGGUUACGUCUGGCGUCAACAAUGGCGCCAUUAUUUCUUGCAUCCCUAUUUAUGUCAGCACACACAGCAAACAGAAUUGUCUCACUGGCAUUUGGCUUUGUCUUCUUUGGUGACCCUGUCAUCACUUCUGUGAUGAACUGGCUGGACUGGGCAUACCCCAACUGGAGAAAAGUGGUACACAUUAACAACACACUUCUCAAAGGCGUCCCAACCAACGCACAAGUCGCCAUCACCCUCCUCCGACAUGCUGAGGCGAACCGUUGCCCCUUGCCACCCCCGCCACAAAUCACCGGCCCACCGCCCAAGAACCCAAUCGACCUGGAAGACUCACACGUGAUCGAGGCCGCACCGGGCGGUGACCAGCCCCUGGCGGCGUCGCAACGCGACCUCGACGACGCGGCCGAGCGCGACGAUGAAAAGCUGGAACGCGCCGGGGGUGAGGAUCCGGAACUAACGUCGACGCAGAACAAGCACAGCAGCAAGGCUAGCAAGCUGCUCGGCCUGCUGAGGGGAGGGACCAAGGCGGGAGUCAAGGCCGGCCUGGCGGUCAACAAGGCCAGGUCAAAGGUCGGCACGAACAAAGAGUCAGCCAAGAACAGGCUCGGAGCCGUGCCGGACAAGGAAGACGUCCGCAAAGAACACGCCGAGGGAGGGCCGGUGAAAUUUUCUGCUCGCUGGCAGGGGAAGGAGGGUUUUGUGUGCGUGGCAUGGCGGGACGGCGUACCGGUGGUUUCGUUUUCGGACAACAAGAUGGCGACUGCGGCGCGGCGGGCUGCGGGGGAGAAUCCAGAUGAGCCCGGCUCCAGCGACGCGGAUCUGAUGCAGCUGAACCCUGCCUGGACGGUGGACGUGACACAAAUCAAGGAGCUGAAAAAGCAUGCUGGAUUCGGGGUCAAGAGCAAGCUGGCCAUCGGUUGGGCGCUUGAGCGAGACAUCAACGACGGUCUCGAGAUGAUUGACAGGUCGGGAGAGUCAAAGGUGCUGACGGCGGUGCCCAAGAGGGAUGAGCUGUUUAACAGGCUGUGUGCUAUGGGAGGACAGAAGUGGGAGCUGUGGUAG